CUAGGGUUUAGAACUCCAACAGCUCCAAGAACUCAAAGCCCUAAUCCAUGGCUUCUCUCAAGAGAAAAAUCCCUGAAUCUCCUUCCUCCGAUCUCUCCCGCGCUACCAAAUCCCAGAAAGAGGAAUCCGUGCUCGCUGACGAGCCUGUAGCGUGCCUCCAUGAAGUCUCCUAUCCCGAAGGCUACGUUGCAUCGUGCUCGGCGGCGCCACGACCCGUCGGCGGUGAGGAGAAGAAACCGGCCAAGGAGUUUCCCUUUGAGCUUGAUCCUUUCCAGGCCGAGGCUAUCAAGUGUCUUGACAAUGGCGAGUCCGUCAUGGUCUCUGCUCAUACAUCAGCUGGAAAAACAGUUGUUGCAUCGUAUGCUAUCGCGAUGUCUCUGAGGGAUAAUCAGCGAGUCAUCUAUACCUCGCCGAUCAAGGCUCUUAGCAAUCAAAAGUAUAGAGAGUUCAAAGAAGAAUUUUCAGAUGUGGGUCUUAUGACUGGGGAUGUGACCAUUGAGCCAAAUGCCUCUUGUUUGGUCAUGACUACAGAAAUCUGGCGUAGCAUGCAAUACAAGGGAUCGGAGAUUUUGCGUGAGGUUGCCUGGAUUAUCUUUGACGAAGUUCAUUAUAUGCGUGACAGGGAAAGAGGUGUUGUUUGGGAAGAAAGUAUUGUGAUGGCUCCUAAAAAUUCACGGUUUGUAUUUCUCUCAGCAACAGUUCCAAAUGCUAAGGAGUUUGCUGAUUGGGUUGCAAAGGUGCAUCAGCAGCCUUGUCAUAUUGUAUACACUGAUUAUCGACCAACUCCACUACAACACCACAUAUUUCCAGCAGGAGGUGAAGGCAUCUAUCUGGUGGUAGAUGAAAAGGGUAAAUUUCGGGAGGAUAGUUUCCAAAAAGCAUUAAAUGCCCUUGUUCCAGCUGAAGGAGAUAAGAAAAGGAGGAAUGGGAAGUGGCAAAAGAAUUUAUUGGCGGGAAAACCAAGUGAGGAAAGUGACAUAUUCAAGAUGGUAAAAAUGAUUAUAAGACGACAAUAUGACCCAGUGAUACUUUUCAGCUUUAGCAAGAAGGAAUGCGAGCUUCUUGCAUUGCAGAUGGCAAAAUUGGAUUUAAAUGAAGAUGCUGAGAAAGAGAAUAUAGAAACCAUCUACUGGUCUGCAAUGGAUAUACUUUCUGAUGAUGAUAAAAAGCUUCCCCAGGUUGUAAAUAUGCUACCCUUACUGAAACGUGGAAUUGGUGUGCACCAUUCUGGGUUACUUCCAAUCUUAAAGGAGGUGAUUGAAAUACUCUUUCAAGAAGGGCUUCUUAAGUGCUUAUUUGCCACAGAAACCUUCAGCAUAGGGUUAAACAUGCCUGCAAAGACAGUAGUCUUUACAAAUGUGCGUAAAUUUGACGGAGACAAGUUCAGAUGGCUAACAAGUGGUGAAUAUAUUCAAAUGAGUGGGCGAGCUGGCCGCCGUGGUAUAGAUGAGCGUGGCAUUUGUAUUUUGAUGGUUGAUGAAAAAAUGGAACCAUCUACUGUCAAGAUGAUGGUGAAAGGAAGUGCUGAUUGUUUGAACAGUGCCUUCCACCUUAGUUACAACAUGCUCUUGAAUCAAAUUCGUUGUGAAGAUGGUGACCCAGAGCAACUUCUAAGAUAUUCAUUUUAUCAAUUUCAAGCUGACCAAGCUCUUCCUGAUCUUGAGAAGCAAGCCAAAGAACUGGAAGCAGAAAGGGACUCCAUUGUAAUUGAAGAAGAGGAGACUGUGAAAGACUAUUAUGAUCUCCUGCAACAGUAUAGAAGUCUAAAGGAUGAUGUCCGUGAUAUAAUAUUUUCCCCAAAAUAUGCUUUACCCUUCCUGCAGCCUGGAAGACUAGUACGGCUGCGAUGUGCUCAAGAUGACAAGAUGCCAUCUUUUUCUUCCAAGGAUGACAUCACCUGGGGUGUUAUAAUUGAUUUUGAAAGGGUGAAAGGCAUAGCUGGCGAUAAAAGACCUGAAGAUGCAGAAUACAAUGUUAAUAUUCUGACUAAAUGUGUUCUGGACAAGAGUGUUGGUGCAAAGAAAUCAGCAAAAUGUGUUCCAAUUACGGAACCUGGGGAAGCUGUUGUGAUUUCACUACCGCUUGAUUUGAUUGACGGUUUGAGCAGUGUAUGCCUUUACAUUCCCAAAGAUCUUUUGUCCAUGGAAGCUCGUGAGAAUACAAUAAAAAAGCUUUUAGUCGUACUUGCCAAAUUUGAAAAAGAUGGGGUACCUCUAUUGGACCCUGAGGAAGAUAUGAAAGUCCAACUUAAUUCAUAUAGGAAGCUUGUGAGGAGGAUUGAAGCCCUUGAGAGCAUAUUUGACAAAUAUGAUGAAAUUCGCAACUCACCUUUAAUCCAACAAAAGUUGAAAGCGUUACACACAAAGAAAGAAUUGACGGACAAGAUCAAAUCAAUCAAGAAGCAAAUGCGUUCAUCAACAGCGUUGGCCUUCAAAGAUGAACUAAAGGCACGCAAAAGGGUUCUGCGUAGGUUGGGAUAUAUUACCAGCGAAGAUGUUGUGGAGGUGAAGGGUAAGGUUGCUUGUGAGAUCAGCAGUGCCGAUGAGCUGACACUCACGGAGCUCAUGUUUAGUGGCGUGUUCAAGGACUUGAAGGCGGAGGAGAUGGUUGCUUUACUUUCAUGUUUCGUAUGGCAAGAAAAGCUCCAAGACGCACCAAAACCCAGGGAAGGACUCGAAAUGUUAUUUUCUCAACUUCAAGAAACAGCAAGAAGAGUUGCCAAUGUUCAGCUUGAUUCCAAGGUCCAAAUUGAUGUCGAAAGUUUUGUGAAUUCAUUUCGAGCAGACAUAAUGGAAGCUGUAUAUGCAUGGACAAAAGGGUCCAAGUUUUAUGAUAUAAUGGAGAUGACACCUAGUGUGUUUGAAGGGAGUUUGAUCAGAGCUAUCAGAAGAAUAGAAGAAGUUUUGCAACAGCUAAUUCUGGCUGCCAAAUCCAUUGGAGAAGUCCAGCUUGAGGCUAAACUGGAAGAAGCUGUCACCAAGAUCAAAAGGGAUAUUGUAUUUGCUGCUUCCCUUUAUGUAUGAUGAUGAUGAUGAUGAUUAUGAAUUCUAAUAAAAAUUUUGUCUGUGUUA